AUGAAAAAGAUGUCAUCCAAUUACCGCUGUUUAUUACGAAGAGUUAUACCAACUCGAUUAUCCCUAAAUGUACAUCCCUUUACAACCACACGAAGAACUAUCGAGACUGCCUCGACCAGCACAAAACCACCAGUAAUUAAUGGACUAUUCAAAUAUGCCCAACUAAAUAAUAAGUCAUACAUUAAGAUAAAUGGUCCCGAUUCGGUUAAGUUCAUUAACGGACUGGUCUCAUCUAAAUUACAGGAAUCCUUCGUCAAGAAGAAUUUAACCACAAUUGAUGCCAGCAAAACAAAUGGAGAAUUCUCCGAUACCAGUCAGCAGAUAGUACCUGUAUCAAAGUUUGAUAUUGCAAAGGGUAAUUGGGGCCUAUAUCAUGAAUCUGGGGAGCAUGGCCCCUAUGUGGCAAGGUUUGGCCAAUAUACUGCAUUUCUCGACGGCAAAGGAAAAUUGAUUACAGAUUCGAUCUUAUAUCCUGUGCCAUUGACACUGAAUAAUGUCCAUGCCACCAAAUAUCCUGAAUAUUUAAUAGAGGUCGAUAAACAAAAUAUGGCAUAUACUAUGAUGCGAACUUUGGAAGGACAUAAGAUCCUAAGUAAAGUGAAAAUUAAGACCCUUAAAGAAGAUGAGCUAAGAACAUGGGAUGUCUCGAUAAAAUUCGAGAACAUUCCUCAUACUGAAGAAAAUCCUUGGAUCGAUAACAUACUCAGACCAAUGAGUGCUAUGAAAAGCCCCGAAGAUGCAUUAGCAUUUACUAAUACCGUUGUUGGUACUUUGUUUGAGGGGUUUGAAACGAACAUCAAGGGUCUAUAUAUUGAAAGACGUACAGAUGAAAUUUUGAAAAAGGAUGGUUCAGCCCCUCUAAUGUUUAGGAUAUUGACCGAUAAUACUGUUGACAAUGUAUCAACUAUAUUCAAUAGUAGGGCUUUCCCAUUCGAAUUCACGAUCUCUAAACAAGAUGAAAGCGUAUUUAGAAGAUCAAGACUCAGUCAUGGUUUAUUGGAUGGAACUACUGAUGUUAAACCUACUACUGUUUUGCCAUUAGAGUUGAACUUUGAUUAUUUCCCGGACGUAGUGAGUUCUAAUAAAGGUUGUUAUAUCGGACAAGAAUUGACAGCAAGGACAUUUUCUACAGGAAUCCUAAGAAAAAGAAUCGUACCUGUUAAGAUUCACAACUUGACUGCUCUACAAGUAUAUGUUAACAAACAAGACCCUGAUUCUGAUAAAUAUCUCGAAGUUGGCAUGAAGACUAAUGGUAAUAAUGAAACUCUUGCAAAAGAUGAAACCAAAACUCAAAUGGCACCAAAUCCUUUUGGAUCAGGCAAGAUAGUUAGAAAACGUAAUAGACCUGUAGGUUCUCUUAUAGCAUUUGAGGGUGAUGUAGGUGUAGUAAUGUUAAGAACGGAACAUUUUAAUAAAUUAUUCCCACAAGAUCGUUUAAAUUUAGGAAAACCAACCCUCUUUAUAGAUAUCGGGGGAGAGAGCCCAGAAACAAACGUUAUAAUAGAGGCCCAAGAACCAUUCUGGCUCCAGGAUUGGUUCAAAGCCAACAGUCCAAAAUUAAUUUAG